AUGGAGCACAGCUGCAGGUGCAUCUAAGCAACCUAUCCUCACAAUACCCAGGACAGCAGGAAUGGCAGUCUCAGUUCUUCGACUGACGCUUGUCCUGGGACUAUGUGCCCUAAUCCUGAUGUGCCAGGCAGAUGACAAACCAAAGGACGAUGAAAAACCAGAUGACAAGCCAGAUGACUCCGGUGAAAAACAGCCAGAGUUCCCCAAAUUCUUAAGCCUCCUGGGUUCGGAGAUCAUUGAGAAUGCUGUGGAUUUCAUCCUUCGCUCCAUGUCCAGGGGAUCAAGUUUUAUGGGACUUGAAGAGAAUCCUGAACAGCCACCUUCAAAAGUGACCUCCUAA